AUGUCUUCUGAUAAGAAUUCUGACCCAUACUACUUAAUUACUUUUAAAUGCAAUUUUCAUAAUAAACUGAUAAUCAAUUAUGAACUUGUGAAAGCCACCAAUAAUAAAGAACAUGAGUCUAAUGAACAAGAUUGUGUGCAUAAAGAAGUGAAUGUAGGGACUAGUAGAGGAAGAGGAAGGGGUAAAGGAAAAGACAGAAAAAGAGGCAAAAAAAGGAGCAGAGGAAGGGGUGGAGUGAAGGGUAAAGGAAAAGAUAAUAAUAAAAAGAUGCAAAAUAGUGAUAUAGAUACAGAAUUACAAAUGUUAAAAUGUUUUAUCUUUAAUCCUAUUCAGAAUGUUCAACCACUUCACAAAGAGUAUAUAACACUUUCUCAUAAAUAUUAA